CCGGAACAAACCAACUCCCGGAGAAUAAAUAAAAGGGCCGCGAUGUUGCGGCUGUUGCCGAGGCAUCUUCUUCCUCCUCGUGCGCAUCGCGCGAUCUCACCAACCGCAUCCCCGCUCUCGCGCCGCCGCGCCCUCCUCCUCCUCGGCUUCGGGUGCUGUCGCGGCCCUCCCCCUGCGCACUCGUACGCCUCGAUGGCGCCGCCGCCGGUGGCCAAGAAGGUGCCGCGUCAGCUCGUAGACCACGGCGACGUACGCGUCGACAACUACUACUGGCUCCGCGACGACUCCCGAUCCGAUCCCGACGUCCUCGCGCACCUCCGCGCCGAGAACGACUACACCGCCGCCGUCAUGUCCGAUGUCAAGCAACUCGAGGAUGAAAUAUAUGCUGAAAUCAGAGGAAGGAUUAAGGAAGAUGAUAUCGAUGCACCUCUUCGCAAAGGGCAGUACUACUACUAUGAAAGGACAUUGACUGGCAAGGAGUAUGUGCAGCACUGUAGGCGUCCCGUACCAACUGAUGCUCCAAUUACUGUCCACGAUGUGAUGCCCACAGGACCUGAUGCUCCUGAUGAGCACAUUAUUCUGGAUGAGAAUGUGAAAGCUGAGGGCCACGAUUACUACAGCAUUGGGGCUUUCAAGGUCAGUCCCAACAAUAAGCUAGUGGCUUACGCAGAAGACACUAAAGGCGAUGAAAUUUACACUGUCUAUGUCAUUGACGCCGAGAGUGGAGAAUAUGUUGGGCAACCACUUAAAGGAAUUACUUCUGACAUUGAGUGGGCUGGUGAUGACCACCUUGUUUACAUUACAAUGGAUAGCAUUCUUCGGCCAGAUAAAGUAUGGCUACAUAAAUUAGAGUCUGAUCAAUCAAGCGAUGCAUGUCUCUAUCAUGAGAAAGAUGACACAUUUUCUCUUGGCCUUCAAGCCUCUGAAAGCAAGAAAUAUUUAUUUGUUGAGUCUGGAAGCAAAAAUACUAGCUUUAUCUUUUACCUCGACACAUCCAAACAGAACAAGGAACUUGUGGUUUUGACGCCUCGUGUGUAUGGCAUUGAUACAACAGCUAGCCAUCGUGGGAAUCAUUUCUUUAUUACGAGGCGAAGUGAUGAAUUCUACAAUUCUGAAUUGGUUGCUUGCCCAUUGGAUAAUGUAGCUGAGACCACUGUACUGCUACCACAUAGAGAAAGUGUGAAAAUACAGGAAGUCCAGCUCUUUGACAACCAUAUUGCUGUAUAUGAGCGUGAGAAUGGCCUACCCAAAGUAACCUUAUAUCGGCUACCUGCUAUUGGAGAGUCAAUUGGACAACUUCAGGGAGGUCGAACAAUUGAUUUUAUUGAUCCAACAUAUGCUGUGGAUCCUGAGGAGUCUGAGUUUCAUUCAUCUGUUCUUCGAUUUAAUUAUAGCUCAAUGAGGACCCCGCCCUCUGUCUACGACUAUGAUAUGGAUUCAGGGGUGUCAGUGCUGAAGAAGAUUAAACCCGUUUUAGGUGGAUUUGAUGCAUCAAAUUAUGUAACAGAAAGGAAAUGGGCUGCUGCUGCCGAUGGCACUCAGAUCCCGAUGUCCGUUCUGUACAGAAAAGAUCUUGUGAAGCUUGAUGGCUCAGACCCAAUGCUGCUAUAUGGCUAUGGCUCCUACGAGAUUUGCAUCGACCCGACAUUCAGAGGAUCCAGAUUAUCUCUGGUAGAUAGGGGUUUUAUAUAUGUGAUAGCUCAUAUUCGUGGUGGUGGUGAAAUGGGCCGGAAGUGGUACGAGGAUGGGAAGCUUUUGAAGAAGAAGAAUACUUUUACUGAUUUCAUUGAUUGUGCCGAGCACUUGAUAAAAAACAAAUACUGUUCCAAGGAAAAGCUUUGCAUCAAUGGAAGAAGUGCAGGUGGCCUACUGAUGGGUGCUGUCCUAAAUAUGAGGCCUGACUUAUUCAAGGCUGCUGUUGCCGGAGUCCCUUUUGUUGAUGUUGUCACAACUAUGCUUGAUCCAACUAUCCCACUGACAACAGCUGAAUGGGAGGAGUGGGGUGAUCCGAGGAAAGAAGAAUACUACUACUACAUGAAAUCAUAUUCUCCUGUUGACAAUGUGGCAGCACAAGAGUAUCCCAACAUUCUUGUCACGGCUGGCUUAAAUGAUCCUCGCGUGAUGUACUCUGAACCUGCGAAGUACGUGGCCAAGCUGCGGGAUCUCAAGACAGACGGCAAUCUUUUGUUGUUCAAGUGCGAACUGGGUGCUGGGCACUUCUCCAAGUCGGGAAGGUUUGAGAAAUUGCAGGAAGAUGCGUUUACUUAUGCGUUUAUCCUCAAGGCACUGGGCAUGACUCCAAAGAUGGCUUCAGUGUGAAUGUGACUCCAAAGAUGAUUGGGAUGGGAACUUGGAUUCAUUCAGAGGAUGUUUGGUUCCAUGGACUAAAGUUUAGUACCUGUCACAUUAAAUGUUUAGAUACUAAUUAGGAAGUAUUAAACGUAGACUAAUUAUAAAACAUGGACUCAUAUGGCUCGAUGGGGUCCGCUGUCUUAGGUUGUUGAGCAGCAGUUUUGUUCUCUGUCUUUGGCAUGCCCAUGUCAUAUGUGUUAUGUUUAUGUGUGGCUGGCCCUUGGGCCCGGGCAUCUGCUGCUGGUGCAGUGGCAGCCAAAAAGUGGACUGUGGGAGGAGCAUAGGAAGGAAGGCCCAGGAACCCAUGGGGGUCUGGAGGGGAGGACAGUCCGCUGACGCUGACACCUCGGCUCGUUGCUAAACAAAGGCAAAGGUUGACAUUGAGUCCAAAAGGGUUAACAUUUUCACAUACUAUAUUGAUUCCAAUAUGCUAUAUUGAUUCCAAUGAAUCAACCAUUCAAAGGCUACAAA